UGCAGCGGAGCAGGAAGGCUGGAAUGUGUGAGGCAGGAACUCUGUACACCUGAGCUCGUGACCGGGCUGUAUUAUGGGUUUAACCCGGCGCUGGAGAGCAGCUGAGGGGGCAGGAGUGUGUGUGGAGCUGCUGGUGGUCUGUGUGGUGCUGAAUUUGAGUCCAGUAUGUUGUAUAAAAGUGAGCGCUCCAGAGGAGAUUCACGCGGUACGUGGAGAGACGGUCAUCCUCUCCUGCUCCUUUUCCUCCACCACUCGGGUCACCAGCCUCCUGUCCAUCGACUGGAACUUCAGACCCCAGAGUGGAGGCCUGGCCCACACUUUUUUUCACUUCUCGUCUGUGGCGUAUCACCCGGAGGACGGGUAUUUUAAAGGGCGUGUGAAAUGGGCGGGAAGCCUCUCGGCGGGCGACGCUUCCAUUCAGCUCCUCAACGCCUCCCUCAGCGACAACGGCACCUACAGCUGCAGCGUCCGCAAUCCCCCCUAUGACGUCCACGGCCAGCCCUCCCAGACCCAACUCACCGUCACACCCAAGAAGCUGAGUCUGCGUUUGUCGGAUGUGGCUCUGUUGUUGGUGUUUAUUCUCGUGCCGUCCGGGCUGACAGCGCUGGUGCUGAUGUCACGGAUACUGUGCCCGUGCUGCUCACCUGUACAGAAAAGCUACAACCUUACCCACCACUCACCUAUAGAGGUCACUGAUGGGGAAGACUACGGAUACAAGCAGCCUCCGGCCAAGCAGAGAACUUUCACAUGCUAUGAACUCUAUUGCCUGGACCAUGAAGAUGAUUAUUACUUUCAGCAUCACAAACACCAUGUAGAACCCGUGGCUGAGUCCCAGUGUUAGCUCCUGCUGGACCCCAGCUCGUCCCUUGAUAUGAUGUCUGGAUAGAAGCCUGGAAAAAAAACAGAAACUGAACCUCACUUGCCUGUUUUGGGUUUGAGUUUGGUUUUCUACACUAUUGUUUCAAAAUCCUGUUUCUGGAGGCACCCUGUCCUGCACAUUUCCCUGCUUUAACACACCCACUAUAGCUAUGAAGGGUGAUUGUUAAUGAUCUGAUUGGUUGAAUUAGGUGUAUUAAGAGCAAGGAAAGUACUAAAAUGUGCAGGGCAGGGUGCCUUUAAGGACCAGGGUUGAGAAACAGUGUUCUACACCCAUUCUUUAAAGUUGAGUUCAUUCCAUUCUUGAGAGAACCACUAUUGAUUCCCAAUCCUUAAAGACUUCCAUUACUUGUUCGCUAUAUUAGCCUUAAGAGAGGAGCUGGAGUAAUUUAAAAAAAUGACUUAAAAAUUCUGUGCAUGAGAUAAGAAACCCUAAUAUAAAUGACUGAGAUGGGAGCAGCUACUUGAUUUAUGCUCACUCGUCACCAUAUCUCAUAACCCAGUUAUAGUAAUAAUGAUUUCUUUGUUUUUGUUAGUUUAAAAAUAAGCAUCUACAUUUCCAUAACUUCUAUAACCAACUAUAGGCUAUGGAACUCGCUAUGCAAUUUUCCAAGGUUUUUACCUUUUCUGAGCAGUUCUUUGCCUUGUCCGUCUUCAUGUGCGGUUUAAGUGUUGAAGUUUGUCACAGACUUAAAGUAUCUUUGCUCUGUACAAUAUAACCUUGUAUUUGAGAAAAAAAUAUGAAAAAAAAACUUUUUGGCAGGAUAUGAGGGGAUGUUUACCGUGUUUAGUUGAUUCUUACAGGAUAAAUAUAACUUGAUUUAUUUUUCACCAUGUUUUUCCACAAGAUUAAAGGCAUCGUUACUGAACUAAAUAAAAAAAAAAAAGAAACUCGAGGAAACCUUAGAAAGCAAGAAACAAACCUGCCAGUGGCUCUGUUAACUAUAAGCAAGCCUGUUUGCUUGCUUACUAAGAAAAACAAGUUAAUAUAUCUUAUUUAUUUGUUCAGAUAAUUGUACCAACAUGUUUAACCAAUUCCAUGACCCACCCACUAUCUAAAAUUCCUUUAAAAUUCCUUUAAGAAGCUUUAAGAUGAUCUUUCCCUGAGUCAUGCCGAGAAGCUCCACCACAUGCUUUUAAACACUGGGUUUCAACACGCUUGGAGGAGAGCACUAGUCCCUGUUAUAAAUGUUGUUGUGUUAGCCAACAGCCCACACUGACUAACAUCACUUAUGCUAAGGAAGUGUUUUCCUGUUCCCAGCACACCUGCUUCGACUAAUCAGCUGAUUAAAACCCCCUGAUUAAGGUAAAGUUAGUGUGUUAAAGCAGGAAAAGCACUAAAAUGUUCAUUGCAGCGAGCCUCCAGGACCAGCAUUAAAAAAACACUGCUCUAUAUAAGAUUCCUGGCCACAGAUGGCUGUGGCAUCGCUAAGGAUCAAACCCACAACCUCUUGAUUAAAUUCAAUCAAUAUUAAGACCUCCUCUAGCAUGCAAACAUGUUUGUUUAAUAGCUAAACUAGAGAAGCACCGAUGAGCUCAUAUUUGACAUAGUGUCUAGAGUCAGUGUAGCACAAAUACUAAAAAUACUAAACACGUCAAAACCCCACACUGCAGCCUAUUAGCAUCAUCUCCUUUAGAAAACUCCGUUUCACACAUCCCUUAGAGGGGAUACGAAUGUAAAGAGAUAAAUUUAGGUCUGGUUAUUUCUACAAUAGGGACAUUGCGUCGGUUAUGGCCUGACAGGCACAGUUGCAUCAUAUUUUCUUUGUCUCGUACUGCGGACCACUUUCAUUAAGGCAGAAUGAGCCGACUGCUGGAGUAAUUACUGUCUUAAUGGAAAUUCCCUGUUGAAAAUGUCGUUAGCGCUGCUUAUGCCAGAUCUGGCUUCCUCUGCUGCUGAACUGCCAGUGUCUGCCUCAGUUGAUAAACUAAGUUAGCGGAUUAGCUGAUUAGCUAUGUUAGCGGUUUACAAAUGGAAAAUACACUAGAUGGACAAAAGUAUUGGGACAGCUAAUCUUUAAUUUUAUAUAUAUAUAUAUAUAUAUAUAUAUAUAUAUAUAUAUAUAUAUAUAUAUAUAUAUUUUGCACUUUUGUUUGAGGAACUAGUGUUUAAUGGUCAGUGUAAUGUUUAUUAAUUAAAUUUUCUGACCGUUUGAGACUAAAUGCGAAAAAAGAAAAUUGGAUGUAAAAACUCAUUAUUUAAUGUUUUAGUGUAGUGCCAAGUAUAAGAAAUAAGUUUUCAUUUAUUUUUCCAAUUUUAGUUUUUUCAUCUCUGCCCCUCACAAUCAUAAUUUCAAGAAAAUUUCAUGAAAAAAAUUAAACAAAAAAAAAAAUUGUAUCUUUUAUUUUCUGAUUUUUACAUUUUUGCAUUUUGCAUGUUGGACUAUACCCUCAGAUUUGUGUUACAAGAUACAAAAAUGGAAAAAUCUAAAAAAACUAAUUUUUUUCUUAAAAUUCUGUUUGCAAAAGGCUGAAAUGAAAACUAGCUAAUUGUCAAAUUGAAUAAAAACCCAAUUUCUUAUUCACUGUACUGUAU